CAAGGCAACUCCGCCUCCCGGGGGCUGGCCCUGCGUUGGACAUUUCUUAACAGCAGGGCUGCCAGGCAGAGUGAGACAGCCAGGAGGAAGGGCAGCUUGGCAGAGCCUCAGAGAUUCUUACAAAGGGCGAGAGAGGUGCAGGCGUGGUUUGCCUUUGACCAUCGGCAGAAGUCUGAAGGAUGGACCCCUUUGAGGACACGCUGCGGCGGCUGCGGGAGGCCUUCCACACGGGGCGUACGCGGUCGGCUGAGUUCCGGGCUGCGCAGCUCCGAGGCCUGGGCCGCUUCCUGCAAGAAAACAAGCAGCUUCUGCAUGACGCGCUGGCCCAGGACCUGCACAAGUCGGCCUUCGAGUCGGAGCUGUCUGAGGUUGCCAUCAGCCAGGGCGAGAUCACCCUGGCCCUCAGGAACCUCCGGGCCUGGAUGAAGGACGAGCGUGUGCCCAGAAACCUGGCCACACAGCUGGACUCCGCCUUCAUCCGGAAGGAGCCCUUUGGCCUGGUCCUCAUCAUUGCACCCUGGAACUAUCCCCUGAACCUGACGCUGGUGCCCCUCGUGGGUGCCCUCGCUGCAGCUCUCUCCCUGCGCUGCCCUGCAGGGAACUGCGUGGUGCUGAAGCCAUCAGAGAUUAGCAAGAGCAUCGAGAAGGUCCUGGCUGAAGUGCUGCCCCGAUACCUGGACGAGAGCUGCUUUGCCGUGGUGCUGGGGGGGCCCCAGGAGACGGGGCAGCUGCUGGAGCAUAGGUUCGACUACAUCUUCUUCACAGGGAGCCCUCGUGUGGGCAAGAUUGUCAUGACCGCUGCCGCCAAGCACCUGACACCUGUCACCCUGGAGCUGGGGGGCAAGAACCCCUGCUACGUGGACGACAACUGCGACCCCCAGACCGUGGCCAACCGCGUGGCCUGGUUCCGCUACUUCAACGCCGGCCAGACCUGCGUGGCCCCCGACUACGUCCUGUGCAGCCCCGAGAUGCAGGAGAGGCUGCUGCCCGCCCUGCAGAGCACCAUCACCCGUUUCUAUGGCGACGACCCCCAGAGCUCCCCAAACCUGGGCCGCAUCAUCAACCAGAAACAGUUCCAGCGGCUGCGGGCACUGCUGGGCUGCGGCCAUGUGGCCAUUGGGGGCCAGAGUGACGAGAGCGAUCGCUACAUCGCCCCUACGGUGCUGGUGGAUGUGCAGGAGACGGAGCUGGUGAUGCAGGAGGAGAUCUUCGGGCCCAUCCUGCCCAUCCUGAACGUGCGGAGUGUGGACGAGGCCAUCGAGUUCAUCAACAGGCGGGAGAAGCCCCUGGCCCUGUACGCCUUCUCCAACAGCAGCCAGGGGCUGUAAUCCAAGGUCGUGUGGUUUGUCGGAGGCUCCGGCUCAGAAGCCCAUGUAAGGUGUCCCAGCCUCUUGGGUUGUGACCACCUCCUUCCCCUCUGGUGCUACAAGCAGCUCCAGGCUCAUCUUGUAUCUUCCCUGCUCCAACUCCAGAAGUAGCCAUUCCUCCAAGGAGCCCUGCUUCAUCUGGAUACUUUUACCUUUAGAAACCUCUACAGAGGCUUUUUGGCAGUGGAGUCAUCUGGCUUCAAACUUUUCUGACCACCCAGCACUGCUCCCAGGACACAGAGUCACACCUAAGACACAAGUCACGCACAAGGUGGCUUGCCCGUACUACUUGGGACGCCCUCUGCUGCCUUCUGCUCCAUCUCCUCCAUCUGCUGCCACUGCCACUGUGGGUAACGCUAGUCUCAUGCCAUGAAGUGACGUCUGAAUCCACUGGGGGGGAGUCCACUUUCCCCACAUCAGGCAAGCCCUGACCCAGCUGUGAUCAGAGGCUCGUAGUGAUUGCAACUAAAUAUAUUGAAGUUUUUGUGCAGCAACAAUUUAGUGUCUACCAAUCUUUUUUUCCUUUCAGUCUUCAAAUAAGCCUACAGAUUGAGGAAGAAGGUCCUUUAUUAAGUCAAGCAACAGCCAUGCUUCUGUUUCUAAAGUGCAAAUCUGACCACAUCAUUAUGUCUUCAUGUCUCUGUGCUCACACCACACAGCCCUUCAGCCGCCACUCUGUCUGGGGUACCCUCUUUGCCUGAACAACUUCUGUCCCUCCCAGUUCCUCCACUCAGCAGGCACAUGACACCCCUCCCCUAGGAUGCCUCCCUGCUGUCCAGCACUGCACUGCUGCCACUGCACCCUCCAUGUCCCCAAGCAACACUGGGUUUCCUGCCCCUACCCCCAGACCUAAAAGUCUUUGCCCCCAGCACGGACCACACAUGAGCAGAUGUCCAGGAAACAUGUCCCAAGUUGGAAGCUCCAUGAGGGGCUGCUACACAA